ACAUGGCAAGCUGAGCCACCACCACCAGCGGUCACAGUCUCUGAACCGCGGAGUACGGGCUGGCCAGUGGAGUUCGACACGAGGGGCGCCCAGUGAUCUUGGCGGUGCAGCUGGUGAUAUGUGGUGACAAAGGGGGGCCCAGCAGUGCCAGUGCUCAGCAGCAUCGAUGGGCAACAAGCUCAGCUGCUCGUGCGCCCCUAUUCUGCGGAAGGCGUAUCGGUACGAAGACUCGCCGUGGCAGACGUCGAGGAGACGAGACGGACAUCUGUUGAGGUUAUGGGCGGAGGUUUUCCACGUAUCAGCAAGUGGCGCGGGAACUGUUAAGUGGCAGCAAGUCAGUGAAGAUCUCGUGCCAGUCAACAUAACCUGUAUUCAAGAUUCACCGGAGUGUGUUUUCCACAUCACAGCCUAUAACUCGCAGGUGGACAAGAUUCUGGAUGUGCGACUUGUACAACCUGGAACAAGAAUAGGACAAGCUUCAGAUUGCUUUGUUUACUGGAAAGAUCCCAUGACCAAUGACACGUGGGGUUUGAAUUUCACCAGCCCCAUCGACGCGAAGCAGUUCAGGGAAUGUUGUUCGCCGUCGUUCAAGUUUUCCCGCAAGGCUUCCUCGUCGUACUCAUUGAAGCUGGAGCCGCCCAACAAGCAGAAGUUCAAAACGAAGAGGAAACCCCUCAGCACGCCCGCCUCGCCGAGCCGGCCGGCCAGAGAACCGCAGUGCACGUGCAUGACUUCCGAGCAAUACGCAAGACUGAAAGCGCAGGAUCCGAGAUACAGGGGAUCUUCCACCCUACCUAGGGCAACAACACGAACGACUGACACAGACGGACGGACGGAUAAAGUUACAGCUGCAACUUCUUCUACUAGCCUCUACGAUAAUGUUGGUGCUACUCAGACUGGAUCUACACAAGGUGAAUACACACAAG